UUAUGCGCAGUAUUGACAAAAGCAGCUGUAAAGCUUAUUCUGUUUGUCAUCUAGAAAAUAUUCACAUCACAAAAGAAAACCUCGCGCAGUUUGUGAACUAUAUCCAAGACGAUGUCAAUUAUUUCUAUUGAAGUUCCGAUACAGCCGUAUGCUGGUCAGCUGCUGAUCAUCAGCGAUCUUAUUCUGCCGGACUCAGCUUCUCAGGAUGCAAACAAGACAAAAGUGUCGACGAAGAGAAAGCAACGAGCCUCCUUCUUUGAUAGCAGCAGUAUCCACAAAAAGAUAAUAAAACAAUUGUCCCAGGGCAACCAGGCGGACGACAUCAGCAUGUCGGAGAAAGAAUCCCUCCUGGAUGCUUUUUUGGCAGCCUUGGAGACCUACAUGAAACAUGUCGUCAAGAAGACUAUCGAUUUGUGCGAACAUCGGACGAGCUAUCACCUGUAUAACGACGCACGUUGUGUGAUGAAGAACGAUAUGAGGACCACGAUGAUGUUCCUCAACGAUCUGGAGAUGGCCGACUAUGGAUCCUCGGACGAUGAUGCCGGGUUUUAUCGCAAGCGUCGGGCAGAGAACGACGACAAGGAGAGGAAGGUUGCUCGUCUGGAAUCGGUGAAUGAUACAGCCAUGCUAGCCAUCGGCGGUCGAAAGCGCCCGGCAGAAGCACCAGGCCCAGAAGCUGCUCCAAGUGGGUCGAAAGGCGGCCAAGUGACCGGUCCCCCCGUUCAGCGACCAUUUGCUCUACGGUUCAAGCACCUGAACAUCAGGGAUGUGCUGCAGUUCAUGGAGGAGGAUAGUCGCUACGCGCGGUCCAACAUGCUCUUCGAAGCUUAUUUGAAAUACAAGUCAUAAAUAUGCAAUCAAGAAGUCUUUCCUAUACUUUGAAAGCAUUCAUCUAAUAAUAUAAUAUUUUUUUACAAAGAGCAGAUCGUUUCAUUGAUUGAAAUGGUGUUUAUCAGUCCAACUAACUUAACUCAGAUAUAUUUUACCAUGAAUAUGUACAUUCAUUACAUUUUUACUGUACGUAUGUUAUUUAAAAGACAUAUCUAUAUGGAACCGAUUCCUGCACAAAUCUUUUUGUAUACCCCUGCACAUGCGUUACCAUUUUAAUUGCAGCAAUCCCAGUUCAAUGAACUUCCUCCUCUCGCAAAUCCCCAAUGGAAACCCAAAGAAAGCCCAAGGAAACAGGUGGUGUUCGCCGUAUCCUUUGUUCGGCAGCACUUGGCAUUCAAUGGAUCCCUUGUUCCGUGCACUUUGAACUUCUGUGCUGCACUGCAGCAGACGCAUGACAAUGGAGCGGGGCACUCAAAGGAAUAUCCGGCGAGACAGGAAGCAUAUGGAUUCGAUGCGCACUGGAUUCGAGUAUCGAGCACAUUGCGCAUGCGCCGCGCGAUAGGAAACGUGAUUUUAUCGAGGCGGCUCAUUAUGUUAAGUGCUGGCAAUAAAAUCAAAGCGCACGCGGCGACACAUUUCAUUGAACUUCAAUUGAAGCCGUUCCCCAAGUCUGCUCAUUCAAGUAAUUUUUUUCCUUAUUUGGGACAUGACCGUGGAUCGUGCUAGAAACCUUCUAAGGUGGGGAGCAUUAAUUUCCAUGUAAUUGUGGGCAUUUUAAAGGGGUAAGUGAGAUUAUAAAUGCAUUGAGGCUUGGAAUAUGUUAAACAGACGUGGCAUAGAAAGCGUAUUCGGCUGGUGUCACCCUUUGAAGCGGGAGUUUACAAAAUAUAUUAUCAAGUUCUAGGCUAUCACCAUAUUGAUUA